CCUACCGCCGAUACCGCAUUCUUGAGCCAAUGACCGAUCCCGCUGUUGACAACGAUAUAAGAGAGCCAAUGGAGCAACUGAACCUCCAAGAAAGCAAUCGAACAGAAGAACCAAAAGAUAACUCUCUUGUGGCGUCCGAGAGUCGGUCGGUUGAUUUUCGAGCUCACGACAUGAUGUCCGGGCACGCUGAAUCACCAUCUUUCUUUUGGAAUCGAAGCGGCAUAUCAUCAACUUCCGCUGCACGUCGACGUCGGAGGUUAGCGUGUUGACAUUUCUUUUUGGAACUGAAAGAGUAAAUUCACAAGCUUUCUGUAACAGCCUCGCCACACAUACCCAACAUAUGGGGGUCCACAGCUCCUAUAUACGACCGACGGAAGAUAUCUUUAACGCAAACGAUCCUCGUAUUAAAGAAGAUAUCAUUGGCAUUAUCAUGCAAUAUCUGGCCGACGAAGGAUAUCAUGCCUCACAAUCUGUACUAUAUGACGAAACGAACGUGAAAUGGAAAGAGCGCGAAGAAAGAAUAGUGGAGGUCAAACGACUGAAAAAGGCAAUCUUAGAUGGUGACUGGCAGGAAGUGGAAAAACUGUGUACAAAGCCACUGGUAAAGAACCAUCGGUCGUUCCUUUAUUCAGUUUACAGACAACAAUAUUUGGAAUACAUCGAACGUCGUGAAAUUCAAAAGGCAUUUACAUUUCUCAACAAACGCUUAAAACCCUUGGAACAUCUACAAACGAAACCAACCGAGUUCAAGGAUCUGUGUUAUCUUUUAACAGCUAAAUCAAUACAUGAAGCACCUAGUUUUCGCAACUGGGAAGGGGUCAUGUCUGCAAGAGAAAAUCUGGUGGAUCAGCUGCAAAGUAUGCUAGAUUUUGAAACUGCUGAUAGAAAUGGCAACCGUUAUAUACCGCCCGAUCGUUUGCUCACCUUGCUGCGACAAUCCGUUGCCUAUCAAAUUGAAUUCUCAAGAUACCAUCCAAAAAUCGCUCCAGCAGUCAACUCACUGGUGGAAGAUUAUACGAGUUUCGUCAUUCCCAAUGCUGUUGGAGCUACGUUGACAGGACAUCGAGGCAAUGUGAAAUGUGUCGAGUUUAUUGGCGAUGACGGUCGAGAGAUUGUGUCUGGUUCUAGUGAUAACACGCUUCGGAUUUGGGAUACGGAAACCGCGGAAUGUCUCGAUAUACUGGAAGGUCAUCGAUCGAGGAUCUGGGAUUUGUCAAGUACAGUGCAAGGCGAUUUCGUCGCCAGUGCAAGUGGUGAUGGAACGGUCAAGAUAUGGAAUCUAUCUUCGACAAAAGCAAGCUGUGCAAACACAUUAAAUGGACAUGCAGGUGAUGUAUAUUCCGUCAAGUAUCAUCCAAAUCAGGAACAUGUUGUCACGGGAGGUUAUGAUAAGACGGUUCGAUUAUUUGACGUCAAUACCGGCGCUAUUGUAAAGACUUUUCCUGGUCAUCAGUUGGCCGUGACAAAAACGAUAUUCAAUCCUUUAGGCAACCUGGUCAUCAGUGGAUCCAAAGAUAACACUAUCAAGUUUUGGGAUAUUGUAUCUGGCUUAUGUAUCCGUACUAUAUCUUCGCACUUGGGUGAAGUGACAUCGGUGGAGAUGAAUUCCAGCGGAACUCUGCUAUUGAGUAGCAGUAAGGACAAUUCAAAUCGAUUGUGGGAUGUGCGUAUGGUACGGCCGAUUCGCAAAUUGAAAGGUCACCAAAAUACGUCCAAGAAUUUUGUGCGCGCAGGUUUCGCCAAUAAUAACUUGAUUGUUGGUGGCUCCGAGGAUGGUGUCGUGUAUAUCUGGGAUCAAGAUACCGGCGAAGUGCUGCAGAAAUUACGUGGCCACACUGGCGUGGUAUAUGAAGUUGCGUCUAAUGCCAAACAAGGCAUUCUUGCCAGCUGCAGUGAUGACCAAACUGUAAAAGUAUGGUGGUACGAUGAAAAGAUUCCCAUGGAUACAUAGUUUACUCCAUAGAAGCAAGGCUUACUUUUAUUGCACGGAUGUGUUUCCAUAGUGUUUUUUUUUAGCCCGUAUCCUCGACUCACAUAUUAUUUUGCGAUACAUGUCUUCUUGUGUAUAAAUUGGAGCAUUCAUGAUAAUGAUGUAGAAAUUUUAGAUUCUUCAUGCUCCCCAAGUAUAAGCGGAUUUGAUG